UUUUCCAACCAAAAUCGAUAUUUUUUUCGGUUUAUUCUCUCAUUUCCAGAAAUUAUCUGUCAAAAUCAUGUUUUUCAGAGUAUUUAUGAUGGGAAAAAGAAAUUUUGAGCAUGAUUUGGCGAUGGGAGUGCAAUUUUUUUUCUAGUUUAUUUACUCGGCCUUGAUUUUCGGUUUACCCUUUCCCUUCUCGAUCUGGAAAUUGUAUUAGGGUUUAUAUUCUCUUCGGGUGCGGUUUUCAUUUUGCGUUUGAUUGUUGCAGCUUGUUAACUUGUUCGAGAUAAAAGAGAUCAAAUUUUGGUCCCUAGGGUUUUGGGUUUAGGAAUUGUUUUGCGGCAGUGAUUGAGUUGCGUGGUCGAGUAGGGUUUCAGUGUAAAAGAGAUGCAUCUUUCGGCUGAUUUCCUGUUUAAUUCUCGUCCUUCUUCCUGGAAGUUGCUAAAUUUGCAGCCCUUUGAGGGUCUAAAGAUUCAAAAUUUCAUCAUUUCAGUGGAGGUAGUGUGUUUCGAGCUCUCUUCCUUGCAUGGAAGUGAGGCCGGAUUGGAUCAUGGCGAGUAGAGAAUCCCCCUUCAACAUCAGUCUACAGCCUGUCCCGUCGAUGCAGAGCGUGCGAUUAGCCUACACGGCCGAUGGCACAGCAAUUUACAAGCCAGUAAGCAGUUCACCUCCUGCUGCUCCUCAACCUCCUCCUACUUAUCAAGGAGGAGGUGGAGGAGGAGGAAGUCCUGGAGCUGCUGACGCUGGCUCUGCAGCCCUAACAGCCCACAGCUUGAACAUGAACAUGACCAUGGGAGAACCCAUCAAAAGGAAGCGAGGGCGACCGAGGAAGUAUGGUCCUGAUGGCCUUGCCUUGACCCCUUUAUCGAUGGCUGGUCCAUUGUCUCCAUCUGGGAUGGGCAACACAGCACCUUCAAGCUCGACCAAUGGUGCAAAGAAACGUGGCCGGCCGCCUGGUUCUACCAAUAAGCCAAAGAUGAGUGCUCUUGGACCAGCAGGAACUUCAUUUACUCCUCAUGUUAUUACAGUAAUGCCGGGAGAGGAUGUAUCUUCCAAAAUUAUGUCAUUUUCUCAGCAAGGAUCCCGUACCAUCUGCGUUCUUUCAGCCAAUGGUGCUGUAUCUAAUGUAACUCUGCGUCAGCCUGCAACUUCUGGUGGUAAUGUAACUUAUGAGGGUAAGUUCGAGAUCUUAUCAUUGUCGGGUUCGUUUAUGCUGUCGGAGAGCGGCGGGCAGCGCAGUCGAACAGGUGGAUUAAGUGUCUCCUUAGCUGGUCCAGAUGGGCGUGUUUUGGGUGGGGGAGUAGCAGGGCUUUUACUGGCAUCAUCGCCGGUUCAGGUGGUUGUGGGGAGCUUUAUACCGGAUGGGAAAAAAGAGUUGAAACAGGCUAACCUCACGGAACCGGUUUCCACCACCGGAAAACUUGUUGCAGGCAGGACGACCGGAGCCAGCAGCCCACUGUCGCGUGGUGCAUUGAGCGAGUCCUCCGGCAGCCCACUCAACCAGAGUGUUGGCGCGUGCAAUAACAUCAAUCCGCACGGUCUCUCAACCAUACCCUGGAAAUAAUUUCUCAUUUUGCUCGUUAGUAGCAGAAAAGUAGUUGCGAUAAUCUUAAAUCUUUAGAUUAAGUGAAGAGGGGAGGACAUCCACAAAGAUCCCUGAUAUUUGUGUUAAGUCUUUAGGUAUCAGCUCUUGCCUCAAUUUGAUUCUUCUUUUUAGUCUUAAGCUGUAUCAACUAUCGAAAAGUGUUCUUCGAUGUUGUAUUACAUUGAUGUGCUUCUCCGAUCUUAAAUAGUUGGGACAAACACAACUUAAGUUAUACUAUAGCUAUAAUUCGAUAUUCAA